ACCCACGUGGUUUGAUCGCGAGGCUGCGAGUCUUUUGUUCCGAAUCAAUCAAAAAAACGAGGAAGACGGACAGACAUAAGUAGAGCAUCUGAAUCAGGAAAUCUACUUAUAUAAUAAUCGCAUCUUCCAGCACAAGAGACCAAGCCACAGCCGCUUAACUCAACGCGGCUAUAUUCCGUGAACUUAGAUAUUUGUAUUUAAAGUAGAUAGGGGAAAGUUUUACUCAGGAUUUUGAGCUAUGCCACGCAAGAAGGUGACAGAUGUGUCUGGAAACGGUGGACUGAAGAGAAAAAGAGGAGGUGGAAAGAAAAAGGACAGGGAGUUUAGCAGUGACGAUGAGUUUGAUGACUUUGAACAGGAAAACACAAAGAAACCUGGGAAACCUGCAGCUAAAGCCGGUCUGCAGCCGGUCACUGUGGCUGAUGAUGUGAAGGAGAAGAUUAAACUCGAGGUUCCCAAAGUCAAAGGUCAGUUGCUCGUUUUUGGAGCCACCAACUGGGACCUGAUUGGCAGAAAAGAAGUGCCAAAACAGCAAGCUGCUUACAGGAACCUUGGGCAGAAUCUGUGGGGCCCCCAUCGCUAUGGAUGUCUCAAUGAUGUCCAGGUUAGCUGUGUGGUGGCUGGACCCUGUGCUGCCCACAGUCUCCUCAUCACUACAGAGGGCAAACUCUGGAGCUGGGGGCGUAAUGAAAAAGGGCAGUUGGGUCAUGGAGACACUAAACGAUUGGAGGCUCCGAAGCUAGUUGAGGGCCUGGGGGAGGAAGUGAUUGUAGCAGCUGCUUGUGGUAGAAACCACACCAUGGCUUUAACAGAAAAUGGUACUGUCUACUCCUUCGGCGAAAACAAACUGGGGCAGCUCGGCCAAGGCAAUCAGACAGAUGCGGUGCUCAGCCCAGCUACAAUCCAGUACAACGGGCAGCCGAUAGUCAAAGUGGCCUGUGGUGCAGAGUUCAGUAUGAUUGUGGACUGCAAGGGGAACCUUUAUUCUUUCGGUUGCCCUGAAUACGGCCAACUAGGGCAUAACUCAGAUGGGAAGUUCAUCGCUCGUGCCCAGCGCAUUGAGUUUGACUGUGAGCUGAUCCCUAGACGGGUGGCCAUUUUUAUUGAGAAGACCAAGGAUGGCCAAGUGCUUCCUGUGCCCAAUGUCGUGGCUCGGGAUGUAGCAUGUGGGUCCAAUCACACACUGGUGCUAGAUUCCCAAAAGCGUGUGUUUUCAUGGGGAUUUGGGGGAUAUGGACGACUAGGCCACACCGAGCAGAAAGAUGAGAUGGUCCCACGAUUAGUCAAGCUCUUUGACUUCCCUGGCCGUGGAGCAACUCAAAUAUACUGUGGCUAUCAGUGUUCCUUUGCUGUCAGUGAAACAGGUGGUCUGUUUUUCUGGGGAGUGACAAACACAUCCCGUGAGUCCACCAUGUACCCCAAAGCUGUGCAGGAUCUGUGCGGAUGGAAGAUUCGCAGUCUGGCCUGUGGCAAGAGCAGUAUUGUCAUAGCAGCUGAUGAUAGCACCAUUAGCUGGGGACCAUCGCCCACAUUUGGAGAGCUGGGGUAUGGUGACAACAAACCCAAGUCAUCCACCACUGCUCAAGAGGUCAAAACUCUGGAUGGCGUGUACGCUGAACAGGUGGUGAUGGGCUAUUCUCACUCCCUGGUUAUUGCUCGGCAAGACACAGAGCAGGAGAAAGAAAAGCUCAAGAAGCUUCCCGAAUACAACCCGCGCACGCUCUGAUUGGACACCAUUCACAUUUUCUGCAGGGGCGUUUUUUUUUUUUUUUUAUGGAAUGCCUCUGCUCACUAGGUCACCUGGGUAAUCACAGUUUGGUUGGGAUGGGAUUGUUUAUUUUUCCUUUAUUUUUGGACAUCAUAUUACAUUUUCGAAAGACAUGCCACAUGUCGGAUAAAAGAAUGCAACUUCUUUCAUAAACUGAUCUGUCUAGGCUCGGGCGUUUCAGAAUGCUAAUUGUGGCAUCACAUGCCUGUUUUAUUUUCACAACAGAGCCAGCAACUACUCAGAGCACUCGGAUUCCACUGGAUCCAUCCCCUUUACUUAUACAUUCCUAAUGGAAGUAUAUCACAGAUUGUUUUGUUGUUUAUUUUUCCAUAAUGAUGACUGUGAGAUCCAUGUCUGCUCUCUUCCAAAAACUGGUGCUAAAUCAUUCUAAUGCAGACUAUCAAUGGGCUAAUGGUUAACUAAAAGACAAACUCACUCCAUUCUUGUGCCUUUUUAAGUAAGAUGAUUCAGGCUGAGGAAGUUCAGUUAGUCCUAUGACAACUCGUGUUAUGGGGCACUUCAUCUUUUAAACAUCACUUUCAUUACUUCCAGCUCCAUGUUAUCAUCACCAUGCAUAAGAACAUCAUUUUCCUCAAGACUGCGUAGCUAAUAUGUAAUCUUUUUUCCCUCACUCUUAAUAUACAGACUCCUGUUAAUCUGAUCAGGGAAGUAUUAUCAACUCCUGCAAUGCAAAUGAGACAACAGCUGUGAGAUUUCUAUUAAAUUCAUUCUCCCUUUUUUAGAAAUGUAAAUCCUUAAUGUUCAUGCCCUUGCUAGUAUUGUUAACUACAGAAAUGCUGUUCUCAUGUGUUGAUGUUAGCAUGUUUUUGAAAUAAUGGACUUGAUGUUGAGAAGAGUAGGAUUGUCCCAUCAUCUGGGACCACAAUGUCUUUACAGAGCAUCAUUUCAUGCAAUAUGUUGAAUACUGUGCCAUUUCUUUGUGUUCAUCUGGGCUUAAACUGUGAUCACAUUUGUUGUUUCAUAAUCUGUAAAUCCAUACAAGAAUCCAUCCACAGUUUUGGGCGAGCAACAAGCUGAUGUGUUUCAUGUUCUAUAAUUUUAAAUUGUGUACUUACAAGCAAUGUGUUCAUUUGUUUAGGCAGUAUAUGUCCAGAAACUGGAAUUCCAAACUCCUAUUCUGAAUUCUAAAAUGUUUUUUUUUUCUUAAUAUUAAAUAAAGGUUCAUGUAAGUUGGUA